AUGUCGCACUCCGAUCAUCAACCCACUUUCCCUGGCCCACCAGUGAUUGUGGCAGACGAAAUUCCGACGGAAACACCAAUUGACGCCGUGGUUUUAUCAGAAAUCGGGCUGUUUCGCCGUCCUUUACAAGUGGUGAGCCUUGGUUCUUCAGCCUGGGCUCAAAGAUAUCGGAUUGAUGUCGAGGACCAAGAUCAGACAGAAAGCUAUUUCUUGAAGAUAUCAUUAGGGGUCCAUGGCAAGGAAGCCCUCAGAGGGGAAUUCGAAUCUACUUUAGCAAUCCACAGCAUAAUUGGAAGCUUCACUCCUAAGCCAAAUGGAUGGGGAUCUUUCAAGGCACUUCCAGGCGUACAUUAUUAUUUCUGUCGAUUCUAUGAACUUGCAGAGCAUGCCCCCAAGCCAGCUGAGUUUUGCCAGAUGGUCGCCUUUCUCCAUUCGAGGAGCGAAUCGCCAAACGGAAAAUUCGGGUUUCACCUUGUGACAUACAACGGCGAUCUGCCCCAGGAGAAUGGAUACACUGACACAUGGGAGGAAUUCUUCAGAAUUGGCUUUGAGCACAUGAUCGAUAUGAACAUCGAGCGUGGUGGGGUAUGGGCUGAGCUGGAAGGCUUAUAUACUGCUAUGAUUGUCAAAGUCAUUCCCCGCUUGUUAAGGCCAAUGGAGACGGGAAGGCGGUCCAUCAAGCCAGCCCUCGUCCACGGAGACCUGUGGUGCGGAAAUGCCGCUAUCAAUUCGGCCACCGGAAGGCCGUUGAUAUAUGAUCCUGCCAGCUUCUAUGCGCACAAUGAGUAUGAAUUGGGCAAUUGGCGUCCUGAGAGAAAUGGGUUUACGAGGAGUUACUUUGAUGCCUAUCAUUCAAUCAUCCCAAAGACUGCCCCAACAGAAGACUAUGAUGACCGGAUUGCACUAUAUUCAAUGUAA